AAGAUUUAAGACCAGAAAACCUUGAGAGCUCGAGGAUUCGUUGGCUGUGGAAAUGGAGUUAACCUGGUCCCUUGCGUGCUUUGCUUCUCGAAGCUUCGCUCCCCCGCUCUCCAUCGUAGCAUGUGCACCGCUUCGGUGGCGUUCGUCUUAUCUCACCUCUCAAUCCCCAGGUUCUUUCUUGUCAAUGACAAGAAUGAGAUUGCAACCAUCCCAUCUUCAAGCUCUUGUUGCUGAUACUUCUGCAAUACCAGGUGAUUCUGAUAAAGAGCACAUGCUAUGUUCUGAAGAAUCUAAUCCUAGAACUGACCACAAAGCUGAUGUGAAAGAGGAAGAUGACAAAAAUGAUACUGUUGAAAGUGUGGAUGAGAAUAAGAUGGUCCGAGUUUGUGACAAGUUAAUUGGGGUCUUCAUGGUUGACAAGCCUACUCCUGCUGAUUGGAGAAGGUUAAUAGGUUUUAGCAGGAAUUGGAGCAAUAUCAGACCACACUUUUACAAGCGAUGUCAGGAAAGAGCAAACACGGAGAGUGAUCCUGGAUUGAAACACAAACUACUCAGGCUUGGAAGGAAGCUGAAAGAGAUUGACGAUGAUGUUCAAAGGCAUAAUGAACUUCUUGAGGUCAUCAGGAGUUCACCUUCUGAAAUCAACGAGAUUGUUACUCGACGUCGUAAAGAUUUUACUAAAGAGUUCUUCUUUCAUGUUAACACUGUGGCGGAAUCUUAUUAUGACAAUCCAGAUGAACAAAAUGCGGUGGCAAGGAUUGGUAAUGAGUGCUUGGAAGCUGUAGAAGCCUACGAUACUGCAACUGAAAGUAUAGAGGCAUUGAAUGCAGCCGAGCUGAAACUGCAAGAUAUAGUCAAUUCGCCUUCUUUGGAUGCUGCUUGCAGGAAAAUAGAUGACCUAGCCCAGAAGAAUCAAUUUGACUCAGCAUUGGCCCUCUUGAUUACAAAAGCUUGGUCAGCAGCAAAGGAGUCUGACAUGACACAGACUGAGGCAAAAGAUGUUUUGUAUCAUCUAUAUAAGAAAGCAGUAGGAAGUAUGCAGAGCCUUAUGCCCAAAGAAAUUAGAAUACUGAAGUACCUGCUUACAAUUGAAGAUCCAGAUGAAUGCAUGCAUGCUUUGAAAGAUGCUUUCACACCUGGAGGUGAACUUGAAGGAAAAGAUGUAGAUUUGCUAUAUACGACUCCGGAGCAGCUGCACAACUGGAUUGGGAUUAUAGCUGAUGCAUAUCACUUCAGCAGAGAAGGUACUCUCAUUAGACAAGCUAGAGAUUUAAUGAACCCCAAAACAAUCCAAAAACUGGAAGAGUUGAAGAAGUUGAUUCAGGACAAGUUCAUGUAAGAGAGAAUUUUGUUUGGGACAGAUAAAUUAUGCACUUCAGAAGUCUUUUAGUGAUUUGUUGAAUUGUGGUGCUGGAAGCCCAAAAGCACAAGUCUUGAAGCUCCACAAUUAUUGACUGCAAUUUAUCAAGCUUGGUAGGUCCAUCAAAAAGAAAGAAAAAGGUAAUUUCCAGCCCCCAGAACCAUUUGACUCAAAUCUUGAUAGUUGAUAUAAUUUUUUAAUAUCAUAUAUAUAAUACAGGAAUCAAAUGUGGAAACGUAGGAUCAUAGUUAUUAAGUUAUUUUAAUUUCAUGUAGCUAGCCUAGUUGUUUGGAGCUGUAAGAAAAGCUAUGUAUAGCAGUCUUCUGUUUUGUUGUAGUGAACUGCAGAAUUGGUGAUUUCAUACACUAAAAUCUUCUAUGAACCUCAUACUCUUGCUUAUAUUUUGUGUCUUGUGAUGAUGC